GGCCGAGCCGAGCCGUGGCAUGACGCGCUCCCAGAGCGCGCUGCCUGCCUACCACCGCUCGCCCAGUGUCAGGGCUGAUCUGCCGGAGCGGUCCCGCAGCGUGCUGGAUCGGCCGCGCGCCGACGGCAGGGUGGUGAAGAAGAGGUCCACCAGCCUGGACGACGUGCGCGGCGCGAGGAAGCUGCCAGAGCCCAAGGUGUACCACGUCUACCUGCUGCAGGAGGGCUCGCCGUUCCAGCAGCACCUCCGCACCGCUUGGAUGAGCCGCCUCAUCAGCCGGACGCAGGCGAUCGAGCAGUCGGACCCCGAGAGUCCGACCCGGAUCGACCCGCAGCAGCUGGACCAGCUGUUCGAGGACCUGCGCGCCGACCUGCUGACCUCAUCCGAUCUCGAGCAGAAGUUCAACCUGGUGCGAGAGCUCAAGAUCGGCGCCGCCGAGUACAAGCGCGUGCGCCGUCUCUUCUGGAAGGACGGCCGCCUGUUUGACCUGCUUACCUCGGAGCUCGCCGCCUAUCUCGUGUCCACGAGUUCGUUCGACCCAGCCGAGGACGACGACGAGGAGCAGGGACUGCGAGACCGCGAGGACGAGCUCGACCUGGUCGUCCUGCUGAUGGAGACAUUCGGCGCGCUCCUCCGCGACGCUGAGACGAUCCCGCAAGCCGUCAAGAUGCUGCAGCACGAGAAGGGCGCCCGGCUCACGCGGCUGCUGCGCGCGCUCAUGAGUCAGCCCUGGGUGCCGGGCCGCUACCUCAGCACCGCCAAACACAUGCUGGCCGACUUCAGGGAGUUCGUGGGCGCCGGCUGGGACAACCUGCCCGAGGCGGAGCUGAUCAAGCUGCUGGCCGAGGUGACCAACACCUGCUCGGGCACGCUGUACGAGCUGCUGCAGGUGCUGCAUCACGUGGACCCGAGCGGCGCCGCGCUCCGCCAGGGCCUGCACAAGAUCAACCUGGAGCAGCAUCUGACGGUGGCUGUGACGCAGCUGCUGGCCUUCCUGUACCCGGCCAGGGCCAGCACGUGGUCCCCGAGUGAGGCUGUGCUGGUGUACCAGCACCUGAUCGUGCUGCAGACUCUUGUCCGGCAGCUCCCCGGCACGCUGAGCUUCAUACAGCGCAACUUCACCGAGGAAUUCAGAUACUAUGUGAAUACGGUGGUGGUCGGCCACAAGCUGCCUGAGACCUACCCCAUCCGGCACCAGCUGCUGCAGGUGAUGGAGUCACUGGCCAAAGGAAUCCGUGUGCGAAACUGCUCGGCGUUUUCCGCCCAGCCCGACCCCCUCAGCCACGGUCGCAUCCAGGCUUGAGAGGUCGCCCACGCCCGGGGCACGGCACAGCAGAGUGAAUGCCUUGUCUUGAGCUCGCGUCCGAGACCGGAGAGCACGCCCAGAGGAGCGCGCCGUCGGGGCGCCCGGGGUGCCACCGUGCUGCAUGGUCACGUGACGCCCAGGCGCACGGCUGGUAGCAUUUGGACACGAGACGGGUCGAACUUACGUGGAACUGCGGAGAGGAAGCCCCGCGGCGUUUUCGGUCGUUGUUGGGGAUCGUGGGAAUGUGUGGGUGAAGAAAACUCGCAUAUCUGCAGCCCCGCCCCUUUGGUUUAUUCGCUUGGUGAAGCGACGCUGUGCACGGUGCGCGGGACGUGUUUGCGGCUGGAGACAAGCCCGUUUAUCUUGAGACUUUUCAGCAGGAUGACCUAAGCGUCCCAUUAGUGGCCGAAAGUCUCUGCGAGACCCGGCCGACAGUGCCAGAGCCCCCACGGAGCCCGCCGCUGCCUUGUGCCGCUAUGGCGACGCGUGGAACAACCGCAUAGAAGUGCGCUGGCUUGAAAUUUCUCUGCAAAGAUCUUAGUGCCUCGCGCAUGUCCGCCUCGUCUGGUGUGAUGGAUGACCUAUGCUAUUUUCUUGUUGUUGGGUGGCGGAUACGUGACUCCUGCACGCGGUGACCUGGCUCCCGUUGACGUUGCACCAGCCGAUGGAGGACGUUUGACGCUAUUAUUGUUGCUGGCUCGACGUGGUGCCCGGACGCGCUCCACGCUCGCCAGGUUUGGUGAUCGUGAUAGUGUUGUGCCAUGAAUACACAGUUGUUGCAGACUC